AUGAGCUGCCGAAUUCUACCUGACUUUACCAAGGGCCUUAAGACAGAUCCUACCGGCAUGCUUCAUCUAGGCAAAGAUGGUGUUUUUCGCAGCCUGUCUAAGGACCUAGAGGUCAUUGACGCCGUGGCUUUAACGUGGGAGCAGUAUAAGCAGGUGUUGGAGGCCGUCGGCUCCUUGUCGCAGUAUACUGGUGGCCCGGUCGACGGCACAAAGCUGCCUCAGAGCGAAUGGUAUCAUCCCCAGCCUGGAGUCCUCUUACCUAAGAUGGAUGAGUAG